AUGUCCACAAUUAGUGGUCAGUUGGACCCCUCGUACAUUUCUAAAAAGCUGCAGAGUGUCAGUAAUUCUCUUGAAAGCAUUCAAACACUGUCGCUAUGGGCACUGAAUCACAAAACUCAACAUGAAUUGAUAGUGGCAGUUUGGUUUCAAGUCCUUAAGACAGCAAAACUAGAACUGAGGCUAUCAUUGUUCUACUUGUGUAAUGAGAUUGUACAGACAUGUAGGAGAAAGCAUGCUGUCAUAUUCAAGGAUGAAUUUAAGAAUGUACUCAAAGAUUCUGCUUUGCUUGUCAGAGACCCAUCUGUUCGGCAGAGUGUUGAAAGGAUAUUUAAAAUCUGGAUGGAGAGGAAUGUGUAUGAUGAGCCGUUUGUUGAGGAACUGAUUGCUACAUUAAAUAACACUAAAGUCAAAUCAAGUCUCAGCUCAAAACUACUGGCUGACUUUAGGCCUAAAAACCUCAUGAAAUCAUUAUUGCUGAUGAGUGAUCAAGAGUCAGCUGUCAUUGAUACGAUGAUACAACUUGAACAUGAUACCUGGCAUGAGGAUAGUAUCGAUAAAGUUAAACAAACUCUAAAAGACCGUCAGCAGGGCGAGAGGUACGUCAAUGAGGUCUGUGACCUUCAGGAAAAAUACAAGACGUUAGUGACCUUGAUUGAGAGUGAAAUGUCACAGAGGUCAUCUCUUCUGCUGAUGCUGGAACAGAGCGAACUCUUCUAUGAUGCACAGCUGGGAGAGUGCAACAUCGUCACCACGGCAUAUAAGAAACUUCACAACAACUUGAAUCAAACUCGAAAGAAAAUUCUAGACGUCCUUGUGCCUAAUCAACAAAAUCAGGACGCGUCAGGGAUGGCGACUAAGACAGCAGCAACUGCAGCUAGGAAGAAGAAAAAGAUCAUCCUCACUCUGAAGGACGAUGAUGAGGAUGGUGAUCAUGCUAACGGCAACAGUUCCAUUAGAGGCGGCACUAGAAGCAGACAUCCUUUCGACAGAAAAAAUAGAAGUUAUACUAUCAACAGUAACAAAUCUAUCAGUGAUGAUGAUUUUGAAGGUAAAUUUGAGCCCUCUCCUCCCCCACUGCCACCACCGACACCUCCUCCUUUGCCCCCUGAUGCCCCUCCACCCCAACCACCCCCUGUCAUGUCGGCAGCAUUUUCUGAUUUGCCACCUUUGCUUCCACCUCCAAUGCCUGCAAUUCAACUUUUGCAGCCACAACAGCAGCAACUUGUGCAGCCACAACAGCAGCAAUUUUUGCAGCCACAACAACAACAACAGCUUAAUUUACACGAGUUGCAACAAUUGCAACAACAACAACAUCAGCAGCAGCGACAACAACAACGAGUGUUGCACUUGCAGCCGACUCUAAUUCCAACAAAUCCAUCAGUAUUGACAGUAGUUACCGCAACAACUACGACACCAAUCAUCCAGCAGCCUCUGCAGCUACAACAGCCACUUCUGCUACUUCCUCAGCAGCAACAACAUUUGAUAAUUCAGCGGCAACAACCAACGCUGCAACAACAACAACAUAAUAUGCAACUAGAGUCUACAAUUUUCAAUGAGGAUUUCAACCAGACCACAAGCACGCUGAACAUGCUAAGGCAGUGUCGUAUCAAAAGCAGUUCCAUAUCAAGUGAAUAUGAUGUUGCAGCAACAACUGCAGCAGCAACAACUAAUACUUCAACAACUAAGCUAAUCAACAAAACCUUUGCUAGCAGCAACAAUAACCUUCUUCCUACAACUUUACAAACAAACAACAACUUCCGUCUAGACGACUACCCUUACGAGACAAGCAACUACGAAAUUGGGGGCACCCCUGUCUAUGAUGAGGGCCUCAUGGGGGAUAAUGGGUCGAGCACCCCUGUCCUCGAUGAGAAAAGCCUCGAUGAAAUUAGUCCGACGAAAUCUUCAACAUCCAUCAGCCUAAAUUAUUAUACCGGUAGUCAGUUCUCAAAGACCUCACAGAUACUGCCACCAACCUCUUCUUUGCAGCAGUUGUUUCAACAGAACAAUGCACAGCAACAGCUUAGAGUUCUAGGCAGCACAACAUUCAACCAACAACUUCUUUCACAACCGCCACCUCUGGCACAAAAUUUUGUCCAAACCCCACCACCCGGUCAUCCAUUUGCUGCUGCUGCUGCUUCUCGAACAACAAUUGGCACCACAACAAACAACAAUGUUGAUGCCAACUUUCAACGCUUGUUGUCCUUGUUGCCUAUCAAUCAGCAACAACAAAAUGUUAACAUCUUGCAACCACCACCACCACAACAUCCACAGCAACAACCACAACAACUCACUCCAUUGAUUCCGCAACAGUUGUUGCAAUUUUUACUUCCGUUGCAGCAACAACCGCAGCAACAACAGCAACAACCUCAACAAAUUGCCUCGACGACAACAUUACUACAACCACAGCAGACGCAACAGCAACAACAACAUCCGCUUUUGGAUAGACUAACGCAAUCUCAGUCUCUGACGACAACAUCAAUACCAAUGCAACAGCAUCACUUCAACGACAACAUCAACAACAACAUCAAAUCACCAACAUCUUCGACUAGAAACUUCAACAACCUUACCAAGAUUAAGACCAUUGACACCAUACAAAUCAGCACCAACAACAACAACAGCAGUAGUAGUAAUAGUAGUAUUAGUAAUAAUAGUAGUAGUAGUAGCUGUGUUGGUAGUGAUAGUAGUGGUAGUAUUUUUCCAAUCAAACAUUUUCAAAACAGAUGACAGAUAAGAAUUAAAUGGCUAUUAUAUUAUAUUAAUUAAUCUGGUUUUUUGUUCGUUUGUGAUAUAACUAUAAUAAUGAUGUUGUUGUUGAUUUUCUGAUCAC